AUGGGUGAAACGAUUAAUGUUAGGUCAAUCGGGUCUCUUUAUCCUGAAACCAUAGGAUAUGCCAAUCAUUUUGUGGGUGAUAUGAACGAGAUGAGGGAUCUGCUUAAAAGAUUUGGGUCUAGAAGACUAACUAGCAUAAUGAGUGAGUUCUUUAAGACUAUCGAUAAUCUUGAGCUUGUUGACCCACCGUUAAAAGGAGAGCGAUAUACGUUUAGAAGAGGUUCAGGUUCUGCUUCUCAUCUUCUCAGUUCCCAGGAUUGUUUAGGAGCAUUAGAUGGAACGUUAAUUAAAGUUACACCACCUAAUGAGAAUAAAUCUCGGUAUCGCACGAGAAAAGGUUGUAUUUCAACAAACGUAUUAGGCGUGUGUUGCCCAAAAAUGCAAUUUAUAUAUGUAUUGCCUGGGUGGGAGGGUUCAGCACAUGAUGGUCGCGAUGCAAUUUCAAGACCUAAUGGUUUAAGAGUCCCUCUAGGUUGUUAUUACUUGACUGACUCUGGAUAUUGCAAUGCAAAAGGAUUUCUUGUUCCCUAUCGAGGACAACGAUAUCAUCUGAAAGAAUUUGAUGGACAUCGACCAGAGACCCUAGAGAAUACUUCAACAUGA